GUGGUGGUGUUGGUGGUGGGUAUGGCUUGUCCAGUGCGAUGGGCAUGGGCAUAGGCAGUGGCUAUAGCGGUGGCAUGGCCAUUGGUAGCGGUAGCGGUAUCAGCUCAUCAUCCUUCAUGAGUGGGGGCAUGGGGCUGGUCGGCAACGAGAAGAACGCCAUGCAGAACCUGAACGACCGCCUGGCUAACUACCUCGCCAAGGUCCAGCAGUUGGAACAAUCCAACAAGGAACUGGAGAUUCAAAUCCGCGAGUUUGCAUCCAGCAACACCAUCGAUGGCUUCGACUGGUCGAAGUAUGACCAGAUCAUCCCUCCGCUGCAAUCCCAGAUACAGCAAAGCAUCAUAGAGAACUCCACCAUCGCCCUGGAGAUUGACAAUGCCAAGCUGGCAGCUGAGGACUUCCAAAGCAAGUGGCAGACGGAACAGGGUCUCAGGCUGUCGGUGGAGGCCGACAUUGAUGGUCUCCACAAUCUGAAGGCCAACUACCUGCAGUUACAGGAGAACCUGAAUCAAGACAUUUCCGGGCUGGAGGACGAGAUCGCCUUCCUGAAGAAGAACCACGAGGAGGAGCUCAGGAUGCUGCGGCAACAGAAGACACAGGACAUAGAAGUGCAGGUGGACUCCGAACCAACUGAGAACUUGGAUCAGAUCCUGGCUGAUCUCAGGGAGAAGUACUCCAAGCAAGCCAGUGACAACAAGGCAGCCAUGGAUGGAUGGUACCAGGAGCAGCUGCAGAUUAAAGAAACCACAGUCUUUCAGAACGACCAGGCUCUGGAUGGGGUCAAGAAUGAGUUGAGCCAAUAUCGACAUCAGAUGCAGGACCUUGACAUGGAGUACAGCAGUUUACAGGGAACGAUAAUGGCUCUGGAGAACAGCCUGAACCAAAUCGACGGAAGUUACGACAUGCAGCUUCGGAGUCUGCACACCAGGAUCGCACAGCUGGAGGGAGAACUGGGGGGUAUCAGGAAUGAGUUGCUUCACCAGAACGAGGGGUAUGAGAACCUCCUGAACAUCAAGAUGCAGCUGGAGGCUGAGAUCGCACAAUACAGAAUGUUGCUGAGCGGAGGGCAUCAGGGCAUGAUUGGAUCCAGCAGUGGAUUCUCUUCCAGCGCCUCAGGUGGCACAUCCGGUAAGUGGGUCAGGAACUAGCAAACUGACUAUCACAACCGUUACCGAAACCAAAAAAACUGUUUCCUGAGGGGCUUCGGCUGACCCUGGAUCAAAGCCCCCCCCCCCCCCCCCCCCACUCUCGCUUCCUUCUGUGCCCCUUAUUGGAACCCUGGACUGUGGCCUCCCAGACCACGUUCCCCCACCCCAUCCCCCUCCACCCCCCACCUUCCCCUCUGCACGUUCUGACGCUUCUCCAACACGGAAGGUGGAGCAGGAAGUCCCGUGGCUCUCGUUGGACAAGCGGCCCCACACGCUCCACGGCCCCACACCCUCCUGGUGAAGAUGGAUCCACCUCUUGGCCGGCACGUUGGCACAGCGGGUAGAGCCGAUACCCCGGAGACCUGGGUUCGAUCCUGACCGCGAGUGCUGUCUGUGCGGAGUUUGCACCUUCUCCCCGUGGCCCGCGUGGGUUUCCUCCGAUCUACUACCACAUCCCAUAGGCGUGCGGGUUUGUGAGCUAAUUGGCCCUCUGUAAAUUGCCCCCUUGUGUGUGUGUGUGUGUGGGCAGUGGAUGCGAACGUGGGCUGAUGUAGAACUGGUGUGCACGGGUCAGCAUGGAUCCGGUGGGCCGAAGGGCCUUCAUGGGCUUGGUCUUUGGUUGACCAUCAUGCCCGAAUACAUCUCUGCCACUGAUCUAUCCCACCCAUUGCUUCUCAGCCCAUAGCUACUGACAUUGGUGCCACAUGUCUAUACAUCAAGGUGUGGUGGGACCAUCCAACGUUGCUGUGGUGAGGACCACAACAGGCCAUUUAUCUGUCAUCUACACCAGCCGGGAGAUCACGGGGUCACUGGUUAUGAGGGUGGACCCUGGGCGUUGGGGCUUGGAUCUCCCGAAGGGAUUCAGCGCUGGUGCGAGUCUCGCGUUCCACACUUCCUGUGUUUGCUUUCUGUGCAAAGUCCAUCAAUAAAUGCAUCUCCCCUCUCACC